AUGGAAGACGGUCGUAGAGGAUCAUCUUCAACACCACAAUCUCGUAAGAUCAUGGUGAUCGCUGAUCCAACACGUGAAUCUGCAGCUGCACUUCAAUACGCUCUUUCACAUGCAGUGCUUGAGCAAGACGAGCUAAUCCUUGUCCAUGUUGAAAACAAUAGUGGCUCGUGGAAAAACGCAUUCUCGAGUUUCUUGAGAUUACCAAGCUCCAUUUCCUCCUCCUCCUCCGGCAGCGGCUCCUCUCCGGCCGCUGCUAACGCAAACGCUGCCGCAACCGCUGCUUCUUCCUUGCCCUCUGACAUUGGUCAAGGAGAAGGGAAUUUUCUUGAACAAAUGAAACGGAUAUGCGAAAUCGCGCAGCCGAAAGUGCGUGUGCACACCGAAUGCAUAACCAUGGAAAGUGUCAAAGCUACAACUAUUCUUCUUCAUGGAGACAAACUUGGAGUCGAUGUUAUCAUCAUAGGUCAACGCAGGACAAUCUCAUCCUCCCUUCUAGGAUCGAGGCGGCCUGGAGGAUCUCUAAGAGGAUCAAAAGGAGUAGACACAGCGGAAUAUCUAAUCGAGAACAGCAAAUGCACUUGUGUUGGUGUACAAAAGAAAGGUCAAAAUGGAGGCUAUGUUCUAAACACCAAGACUCAUAAGAAUUUCUGGCUCUUGGCAUGA